UCGCCCGAAAUGGCUUUGUGGCAGCCGAAGUCGGUUUAUAGACCAGUGGUCUUCUCCGUCGAGGGCAUCAUACCACAUCUCUUCGUCCCGGAGACGAUACCUCGAUCCCACCCUCACUUGUAUUCCAAUAUCUCUUUCCUCUCUACUGAUAUCCAGCUUUCGCCAUGUCUGCAGCUGUCCAAGUCACAUUUCAGAUGCUCCCCGUCGAACUCAUCCUCAAAAUCUUCCACAUGACCACCUUCGACGGUACUGACCACAACGUCCCAUUGGCUCUCAGUCAUGUCUCCAGGGGCUGUCGCAGCAUUGUCAGCUCCGAAGCGCGUCUCUGGACGAACAUCAAGGUCGACAAUCAAUCUGCGGUCGGACACCCGCGCAGAGUGGGCGCGAAUCCCCAAGACGUCUUUCCCGCACUUUCCGUCUAUCUCCGCAACUCCAGCCAACUUCCCUUCAACCUUUUGAUUGAAUAUGUCGGACUCCCUCGAUACGAAAAAGAUCCGGGCUCGUACGACUUCAGUGAACCCCGCACGGACGGCUUCACGCUCUCCCAUGCCACUCACCUCGGCAGCAUACUCGCCGCCCAUGUGCACCGCCUUCAAAGCCUCACCGUCGACACAUUCUCCUGGGAGAUAUACACUCUGAUCGUCAACCAAUGGGCGGGCCUGCGCCUCCCGCUCGUCGGGAGUUGGAGCGUGAAAUACGGCAACGUCCGAGAUCUCUAUUUGUUCAAUGUCUAUUCCGACAUGUUACAAUUUGAUAUCGGAGAGAGUGAGAAUAUCCUCACGAACGGUGGCGUUGCGAGCAGUCCGGAUGAACUGGCCGGUAUAGGUGGACACUAUUUCCCGCGACUGAAGCGUCUCCGCCUUUGGGCGACACCGCACCAAUGGACCUUCUCUACAAGGAACCUGGUCGAACUCGUCCUGAAGAACAUGCCAGAAUCACAUCGUACUACCGACGAGCUCCUGCGAGUGAUUCUAGCCAACAGCCAGCACACCCUGCAGAUCCUGGAGCUAAAUGGUGUCCUUCACCCAUGGGUCAGCCCCCCGAGCGCUCGCUUGUCCCUCCCCGCUGUUCACACCCUCAGAAUUGGAUUUUCCUAUGUCGAGGAAAUCGCUACCCUACUCCGCAUUGCCGAAUUCCCCGCUCUCACCAACUUGUGGCUGAAGCAUCUACUAGCCCUCCUAAAUGAGAACACGCGACAUCAGGAGGAGAUGGCUGAUAUGUUCGACGCCAUGGUGGACGAGCUGCCUUUGCGCCAGCUGACCGCGCUGUACAUCGAAGCGGUGUCUUUUCCCAGGGAGAAUCUGCACCGCAUAUUCACUUGGGAGGAGAUACGCAAUGGCACGGUCCCUCAGGACGAGUAUCCCGACCCUAUGCGAUUCAUAUCGCAGCUCAAUGCUCUGCAGUCGCUCACACUUGUCCGACCAGACCCGAUGUUCCUCCAGUCCAUGAACUACUCUCCGCCGCGUUCGUUGCUAUUCCUUCCGUCGCUCUGGAAGCUCAGGUUCGAGACGUCGAUUCCGACUGACUACUUGUGCAUUGUAGAGUAUUGGAGCUAUCGCAUGGGACUGCUAAUGCAUGCAUCGGGGGGCCGGUACCUAGGGCCUGGUCUUGAGAGGUUGGAGUUGUUGCUUCCUGAUACAGUGGACAAGGUCGGGCUGGCAAGAUGGAUACACAACCGUCGGCCGUAUGUGCAGUCGAUGGUUGUCGGUUUUCAGCCCGAGGAUAUUCCUUUUGUACUUGCAGAGGAUGAAAGUGAUUUUAUGGCGGUAGAUUAGUUCAUCAUCUGCGGGCUUUUCUUGCUAUGUAUUUCUAUCACUGUCUUUUUCCCAGUAUGGCUACUAUCAAACUUGG